AAAUGGAUAACAAAUUGUCAUAAUGUAACAUAUGCAAACUUCUCAAUUGCCUUUAUUGUUUUACCUAGUAUUAUUGCAGGUUUUGAAAAACCUUCGGCAAUCCAACAAAGGAGUAUUCUGCCUAUGGUCAAAGGAAGAGACGUUAUAGCUCAGGCUCAAUCUGGUACUGGUAAAACGGCGACAUUUUCAAUAUCUAUACUCCAAUCUUUGGACACCACUCUACGUGAGACUCAAGUGUUAGUACUUUCUCCUACCCGCGAGUUAGCAACCCAGAUUCAAAAGGUUAUUCUCGCUUUGGGAGAUUUCAUGAAUGUUCAAUGCCACGCCUGCAUUGGUGGGACAAGUCUAGGUGAAGACAUUCGUAAACUAGAUUACGGACAACAUGUGGUUUCUGGUACUCCUGGGAGAGUGUUUGACAUGAUCAAGAGACGUGUUUUGAGAACAAGAUCUAUAAAAAUGCUAGUUCUUGAUGAAGCCGAUGAGAUGUUAAAUAAAGGUUUCAAAGAACAAAUAUAUGAUGUGUAUCGCUAUUUACCACCUGCGACACAAGUUGCUCUCAUCUCUGCAACAUUGCCUCAUGAAAUUCUUGAAAUGACAUCCAAGUUUAUGACUGACCCAAUCAGAAUUUUGGUAAAACGUGAUGAGUUGACCCUAGAAGGUAUUAAACAAUUCUUUGUGGCUGUGGAGCGUGAAGAAUGGAAAUUUGAUACACUGUGUGAUUUAUAUGACACUCUUACGAUCACGCAAGCAGUGAUAUUUUGCAAUACAAAGAGGAAAGUUGACUGGCUCACACAGAAGAUGCGAGAAUCCAAUUUCACCGUCAGCUCUAUGCAUGGUGAUAUGCCUCAAAAAGAAAGAGAUAAUAUUAUGAAAGAGUUUCGUUCUGGCCAAACUCGUGUAUUAAUAACAACCGAUGUUUGGGCCCGAGGGAUUGAUGUACAGCAAGUAUCUCUCGUUAUAAACUAUGAUCUGCCUAACAAUAGAGAAUUAUACAUCCAUAGAAUUGGUCGAUCUGGCCGAUUUGGACGUAAAGGUGUAGCAAUAAACUUUGUGAAAUCAGAUGAUAUUCGCAUUUUAAGAGACAUUGAACAGUACUACUCAACCCAAAUAGAUGAAAUGCCAAUGAAUGUGGCUGACUUAAUUUGAGUUUUUUUCAUAAGCGCUAAUUUAUUAUAUCAUGUUUAUAACUAUAUCAAUAUAAAUUUAAAUAAAAUUAUUUUAUUAUUCCCUUUUGGAUUUUCUAUUUGAACCACCUAUUUUUUG